UUAUGUCGACUUCUUCUGGUCGCUACUUUAUAGCUCCAGGUGCAAGACUUAUGUCAACUUCAAAGUUUGUCAUGUUUUGUCGAUCUUCACGUAUAAAAAGUUUUCGUCUAUAAAAACGUGUUUCUGAAAGUUCAGAGAUCAGACAGCAGACAGCAGAUAGUAUAUAGCACAAGAGAUAUAUAUGCAAAGUGUAAAUAUCCUUGUAACGAGAUUGCGAGAGUUGAGUGUAUUGAAACUUUUGGGUUUGAGUGAUUAUUUUUUAUUAGUAAAUUUGUUUAAGAUCGUCAGCGUAAAGACUCCAUUUUCACAACAGAAAAAAGAUCUAAACAACUUGUUGCGGGGUUCGAUGGACUAUCGGGUGAGACCCAUUGACCGGGGCAGGAGAUGGAGUCGUCCUUGGACACUAAGAAAGAGCGUGGAAGUAGUUGCGGUUUUAAGUUCUCUGGUGGUUGGGUUCUCAAUUUUCAUGGCAAUUGGGCGCCGUAAAACUCUGGGUCAAAUCUCAUUGGCUAAUUCAAGUCAUUGUGAUUUUCCGGCGAUAUUCAACUUUGGUGAUUCGAACUCCGAUACAGGAGGCAAAUCUGCGGCGUUUCGUCGGCUCCUCUCUCCUAACGGCGACACCUUCUUUGGUAAACCCGCGGGGAGGUUCUCCGAUGGACUAGUCGUCGUCGAUUUUAUAGCUGAGAAGCUGAGAUUACCAUUCUUGAGUGCAUAUCUGGAUUCUAUGGGGACAAAUUUUCGACAUGGAGCAAAUUUUGCUACAGGAGGGUCUACAAUUCAGCCAGUGGAUAUGAGAAUCUAUGAGAUGGGUUUUAGCCCCAUCUCUCUUGACAUACAGCUUUUGCAGUUUGAACAGUUCAGAGCUCGCACAUUUGAGUUAUACAGGGAAGGUAGAAACUCAUACACCAAAAACAGUCUCCCAAGACCAGAGGACUUUUCCAAGGCACUAUACACGUUGGAUAUUGGACAGAACGAUCUUCAUUUUGGAUUCUCGUCAAUGACAGAGAAACAACUGCUGGAAUCAAUACCAAAUAUUAUCAAUAAAUUUUCUCAGGCAGUGGAGAAACUAUACCAACUUGGAGCUAGAGCAUUCUGGAUACAUAAUACAGGUCCUAUUGGCUGCCUGCCUUAUUCUGUUACAUAUUAUCCUCCGAAGCCAGAAAAUAUGGACGAAAGUGGUUGUGUACUUUCCCACAAUAAGAUAGCCCAAGAAUUUAACAGGCAGCUCCGGGAGAAGGUGUCCCAACAUAGGGUGCAACUUCCUGAUGCAAUACUUACUUAUACCGACAUUUUCUCAGCCAAGUACAAUUUGAUUUCUGAAGCAAAGAAGCUUGGUUUUGCUAAUCCACUAGGAUACUGUUGUGGGCAUUUUGGCGAUUACAAUGUUCGAUGUGGGGAAAAGGCACUAAAUGGAACUGAAGUUUUUGGGGUUUCAUGUAGCAACCUUUCAGUUUACAUUAGCUGGGAUGGCGUACAUUAUUCUCAUGCCGCCAAUAGAUGGAUAGCCAACCGAAUUCUUGAUGGCAAGCUCUCUGACCCUCCUAUCCCCAUUACUGAGGCCUGUCGCAAGCCUGCUCAUUUGUGACCAUGAGCCCAAAGAGUGCAGUUUGAACUAUUGACUGUGUAAUUAUGGUUUGUGUUUCUGUUGAUAAGUUCUCUUUUUCCCCCAUAAAGAAGAAUUUUGAAUUUCAUUUCAAACUGAGACUUACACAGAUUGAGAUGAUGUAGUUAUAUUAAUUGAAGUUGGGGACAUUUGAAAACUU